GGGGGGGGGUCCUGGGGACGAAGCCCCCGAAAACUCAUGAAUUUUAUAGAUUUUGUGGGGCUUGAAAUAUGUUUCCUAUGUUGUCAUUUUUACUAUUUUCUGUCACUUUUAAUGAUGUGGAAUUAAUAGAUUUUAAGUUGUUUUGUUUUUUUAAAAUAUAAGAUGAGUUCUUCCAAUGACAGUAGUUCAACAAAUCGAAAGAUCUUGUCAUUUAUUUCUCUGAGAGCGGAAAAAUGAUUGCUUCUUUUAUCUUUUUUUUUCUAAACAAGAAACCAAGACUUAUCUUAAAUUUGAAAACUUUAGGGGCACCGGGUGACAUACGGGUAAAUUUAAUAAAACGGAAGUGGCCUGUACAUCUACAUCACGCAAAUAUGUCACAGGAAUUUAUAAGACGUUAAAUUACUUAAGGCUAAUGGUACCCUCCCAACCCUUGCUCCAGAUCCUGCCAACUAACAAACACACACACACAGAGAUACAUGUUAUACAUUUCGGUGCAUCUACAGGUACGUGAAUUAAAAACAUAUAGAUGUACAUAUAAACCAACCAAAAGAAACAUAACUAGUCAUUUACUAUUGCAAGUUCGAGAGAAAAAGUUUAAUGCUUUGAAAAUGUGACUAUCCAGCAAAAAAGUUAUUAAGUAUCACGUGCAGUUAGGAGAUGCAAGAGAGACAAAAUGAAGGUUUCUCUUUGAAAUCCCCGGCCUGUCUGACGUAAUUGAUUAUUGGUUUGCGGUCACGUAAGAACAUUUUUUUCUCGGGCAGUGAGGCUAUGUCUCGGGUCGAUGGCCCUUCACGUUUUAUCAUCUUUAUCCCCCCAAAUCCACAGAAGUACUAAAAAACACUCAGGAUAUCCUCCAAAUAAAUUUAUGAAGCAUGUCAAUAAGAAGAGAAAAAUCUGGUAUUAACAACAUGACACCCAUCAGAAUUCUCUCGACUUCAAAGGCUUGCAGACCUUCAUCAAAUCAGGGAUUGGUGUUGGUUUCUUUGAGAACUUGUUUGCCGUCUGCUUCUGUUAUUAUGAAAUUAAAUUUCGAGUGAAAUACAAUAGUUUGGUUCUUUCGACUUGGCCGUCGCUGGUGAACCUGCAUUACAGCAUUCAAUUAAGCUGCGAAAACUUACAAAGCACACUCAUGGACAGGCGUUUUGGUAGUGACUGAACUUCAUCCAUGCCGGAUGGGAGUUUUUUCUUUUCAUGUAUAUCUCUUAUCCGACGGAUAAUCUUUUGUACAUAUAGCACCUGUGAAGAAUUUCUUGGACCCGUUUAAUUUCUUUUGAAGUGGAUUUAAUAGAUGACAAAUGUAUGAUGCCGCUCUCUAGAAGGAAAAUUUGGGAUGAAUUUUCGUAACAUCUAUCUGGGUGUCGCCUGCUUUGUUCUCCACGUUGCAGGAAAAUCAGACGGAGGCCUGGACACUAUAACGUUUAUCAGUCAGUUGCCGCUCCAUGCCGUAGGCGCGGGUGUGCUCUGUGAUAAUAUCCCGGGUCUAGCUGGACGACAGCGCCGCCUCUGCCGAAUGCACCCGGGGGUGAUGGUCAGUCUAGGCGAAGGGGCGAAGAUGGGAAUCAAGGAGUGCCAAAACCAGUUCCGGUUUCAUCGAUGGAAUUGCAGUACCCUCGACAGGGAUGCGUCCGUUUUUGGAAAAGUUAUGUUGAAAGUAGGAAGUCGAGAGUCUGCUUUUGUUUACGCCAUAUCAUCAGCUGGGGUUGUCCACGCCAUUACUCGAUCAUGCAGCAAGGGAAACCUUCUGCAAUGUGGAUGUGACCCGACUAAAGUCGGGAAGAGCAGAGACAUUUCGGGCAAGUUUGAGUGGGGUGGGUGCAGCGACAACGUCCGGUGGGCUAGCCAUUUCUCUAGAAUGUUCAUUGAUGCAAGAGAACGGCGGGUGCGCGACGCACGCGCACUGAUGAAUCUCCAUAACAACCGCGCUGGGAGACGAGCUGUAAAGAAAUUCAUGAAACUAGCCUGCAAAUGCCACGGAGUGAGCGGGGCGUGUACAAUCAGAACAUGUUGGGAAGCUAUGCAACCUUUUCGACGUGUUGGCGAGUACCUUAAGAAAAAGUAUAACGGUGCCACUCAUGUCAUGAUUGACCAAGGUGGCUCCGGUAUUGUUGUGGCAAACCAUCACUUCAAAAAUCCAACGAGGAAGGAUUUGGUUUACCUAGAGGCCUCCCCGAACUACUGUGUGCGUGACCUGUCCAUUGGGUCAAUGGGUACUGCGGGGCGCCAGUGUAAAAAAGCUUCAUUGGGGACCGACGGAUGUGACAUCAUGUGUUGUGGGCGGGGCUAUGACACAGAAACUGUGACGCAAUUUGACAAAUGUCACUGUAAAUUUCACUGGUGUUGCCAUGUGAAAUGUAAACUUUGUUCCAAACGCGUAGAUAUACAUACAUGUAAAGGACCAAGUCUCCAUGGUAAUGAUUCGCACCGGAAGUCAAUAUCUGGAUAAGUUCUCAAGGUUUUCCAAUGACUUCCAUUUUGGAACGUGCAAUUUUUAAGAGUGCUAUUGGAUUGCCUUGUUACUUGGUUUGGUACAUUGACUACAAACGUGACAAAUCAGUGGGAAACAAUGACCAUUUUUUCAGUGUUAUACAGUAUUUAUUGAUAUAUUUAUAUUUGCACUGUUUAUACCAUAUUUAUUUGUUGAUUGUAAAAAGAUUUCUCUAUUUGUUAAUGUUUCAAUUCCUCAUUCUUUUACAUUUGCAUGUCAUAUGUACAUUACUUCCAUUAAAAGCGGUGAUAAUUCAUUAAUUG